AAAGUGUAAUUUCGAGGCUGAUUCGCGCAUGCUCUCCGAGCGGAGCAGCUUCGACGUGCAGUUACGUGUGCACCUCGCGCUGACCGUGAGUAUCGUAACUCCCAGCUAGUUCUAGUCGUCGAGAGACGCUCCCCGCGAGCCCCAACCCCGUGCGAGUGAGGCGAGAAAACGAGUGUACGAAAAGCAGGCCUCAGAACGCGAUUACUUUUAAGCUCGAUCAGCUCUUCGAGCCAGGGCGAUUCGACCGAACAGUUUUUUAUCGACCCCUUGAACCCCCUCGACGAAAAUGUUGAGAGAGUCGAUCGCUCAGACUGCAAGAUUCAUUAAGCUCUCAAAAACGCCCUCCAGUGCUCUCAGAAGACUUCACUCCUCCGGCAAGAAACGAUCCGGAAUACACGCGUCGAAAAAAAUUUGCCCAACGAAAUUUUAUCAGGAUGCACCAAUCGGCUCGUCGGACCCGAGGAAUUCGCAGACUCGCGAAUACAGCUUCAUUCACGACAGCCACUACAUGUAUACGAAGGACCAGGAUCAUUCGAGCAAUGCCGAGGACGUCAUGUUCGACAUGUUCAAGAACGAAGAAAGUGGGCUUUUGCCUGUCGGCAAAUUUCUCGCUGCACUGCGAACGACCGGACUGAGGAAAAACGAUCCUCGGCUUCAGGAACUCACUGACAAUCUGAAACAAGAACACGCCAAAACUGGUGGCCACGAAGCUGUUUCGCACGAGACACAGAAAUUGGAUCGUGAGCAAUUUAGAAGAAUAAUUGCUCCGAAUUUAGUGUUAAUUUCUCGAGCAUUCAGACAUCAGUUCAUAAUCCCUGAUUGGGCUGGUUUCACCAGGCAUAUUGAGGAUUUUUAUUGGAAAUGCAAGUCCAAUACCGAGGGAAAAGUUGCCUCGUACAUACCUCAAUUAGCACGGAUGAAUCCCGAUUAUUGGGGCGUCUCAGUUUGCACGAUCGAUGGACAGCGAUUCAGUAUCGGCGAUACCACCAUUCCAUUCACGCUACAAAGCUGCAGCAAACCUCUCACUUAUGCAAUUGCACUUGAGAGACUCGGCCAAGAGGUUGUUCAUCAAUAUGUCGGUCAAGAACCUUCUGGACGAAAUUUUAAUGAACUCGUACUCGAUUAUAAUAAAAAGCCACACAAUCCAAUGAUAAAUGCUGGAGCAAUACUGAUAAUAUCACUGCUGAAGACUCUGGUGAAACCGGAAAUGACGUUAGCCGAAAAAUUUGAUUUUACGAUGAAUUAUUUCAAACGUCUGGCCGGCGGUGAAAAUAUGGGCUUCAACAACGCAGUUUUCCUGUCGGAGAGGGAAGCAGCUGACCGUAAUUAUGCUCUGGGAUUUUACAUGAGGGAACACAAGUGCUACCCCGAAAAAACGAAUUUACGUGAAGUGAUGGAUCUGUAUUUCCAGUGCUGCUCAAUGGAAGCUCACUGUGACACGAUGUCGGUGAUGGCUGCGACGUUGGCCAACGGAGGAAUUUGUCCAAUAACUGAGGAAAAAGUUUUGAAGCCCGACGGCGUUCGCGACGUUCUGAGCCUCAUGCACAGCUGUGGAAUGUACGAUUACAGUGGUCAAUUCGCCUUCAAAGUUGGAAUCCCCGCUAAAUCUGGCGUUUCCGGUUGUCUUCUCGUCGUGAUUCCCAACGUCAUGGGCAUUUGCACGUGGGCGCCGCCCCUCGACCCUCUCGGCAACUCGUGCAAAGGCGUUCAGUUCUGCGAGGAGCUCGUCAACGAGUUCAAUUUUCACAGAUACGAUAACUUGAAGCAUGCCACGCACAAGAAAGAUCCGAGAAGACACAAGUACGAGACGAAGGGACUCUCGAUCGUGAACCUUUUAUUCAGUGCCGCGAGUGGUGACGUAACGGCGAUGAGGAGGCAUCGAUUGAGCGGUAUGGACAUGACGUUAUCGGAUUACGAUGGACGUACAGCUCUGCACUUGGCAGCGAGCGAAGGCCAUCUGGACUGCGUCGAAUUUCUCAUCGAGCACUGUGGCGUACCUGACGAUCCGAAGGACAGGUGGGGAAAUCUGCCGGUCGACGAGGCGAGGACCUUCGGACACGCCCAGGUCGUCGAAUACCUGAACAAUUUGGCCGAGGCCCGAAAGACUGAACGAAUGAACAAAGAAAAUCGAGAGGCUGCCAACAGCGACAAUAAAAAAGACAUUAAAAAUGGCUCGAGCGAGGAGGGGGCUCGGGAAGCGGCGCAGAAAAAUCCCCCGAUCGCGGACCAACCGCCGCUCCCGUAAUUUUCAAUUUCCCGACAGAACUCCGAGAACUGUAAAACAGCCGAUCCGAAAAACCGUUCAUUCUUCGAACUCCACGUUCGCAUCUUCGUUGCUGGAAAACGGAGAAAUAAAUCAUGUCAAUUGCAUAAAUAUGCUUGAACCGAUCCCAACCAAAAAUGGCGAUCCGAAAACGAAAGACAAUAAUAAAUAUAUUUCAAGAGAAAUGUGAUACCAAAGGAUUCUCAAAAUUGCAAUGAAAUCUUGUUAAUUACCUUGAUAGUCAAUAAAAUGUUCUCUGAGUUAAAAAA